GGAGAUCUGGAUAGUUGCGUGAUCGAUAGGGUUUUUUCCUCGUUCGCCAUUCAACUUCAGACGUACCCCGGUGAUCAACGUUAGUGAAAGUGAACAAGAAACACUCAUCACUAAUCAGUAGUAUCCACUGGUUGUUUCUUCCUAAAAAGAAAUUUGAUUAAAACUAUUGAAAUGGCAGCCAAUUUUGAAGAAGUGAAAGAGGAAGAUGAUUACGAAAGUCUGCCUGGCAGUACAUCAGCGUCAGUUCACAUGGUUGCUGGGGCUUUUGCUGGUCUCAUGGAACACUGUGUCAUGUACCCUUUCGAUUUUGUCAAAACAAGAAUGCAAGCACAGAAACCAGAUCCAAGAGCAAAUUAUCGAAACAUGAUUCAUGCAUUCUACAAAAUAAUAAGAUACGAGGGGCCUAUGAGGACAGUUCGAGGAAUAAAUGCCACGAUUUAUGGUGCAGGGCCUGCUCAUGCACUAUAUUUUGCUGCUUAUGAAAAAUCUAAAAAGAUUCUUAACAAAUACACAAACCAUAGCCAUUUAACUCCAGGGUUGGCGGGUAUAGGAGCCACAUUACUACACGAUGCCAUCAUGACGCCUGCAGAAGUUGUGAAGCAGAGAAUGCAGGUGUACAACAGUCCUUACAAAUCUUGUCUUGACUGUGCCCGCUGUAUCAAUCGACGUGAGGGACCAAGAGCAUUCUACAGGAGUUACUUGACACAGCUAUCAAUGAACAUACCCUUCCAGUGCACACACUUUAUUUUUUAUGAGUUAGGUCAAGAUUUCUUAAAUGAAAAUCGCCACUACAAUCCUAAGAGCCAUAUAAUUUCUGGAGCGCUGGCCGGCGCUGUUGCAGCUGCAGUAACGACACCUCUUGACGUCUGCAAAACAUUACUAAAUACACAAGAAGGUUGUUCGAUUGGUGUUGUAUCUCUAUCUGACAAACCAAGGACCAUCAAGGGACUUUUUGCAGCUGGGAAAAUAAUUUAUUCUCAUAACGGCAUUCCCGGUUUUUUCAAAGGCGUAAGCGCCAGAGUGGUGUAUCAGAUGCCAUCUACUGCUCUGGCUUGGUCCGUAUAUGAAUUCUUUAAACACUACAUCACGAAGAAUGUUGAUGUGAAUAAAUGAUUUUGACAUUAAUGCUUUUAAAAUUUCGAUAUCGCUUCAAUUAUUUGUAUGAUAGUAAAAAAAGUUCUCCAGCUGAAUU